AUGGAAGAGGGAAAUCACUCGGAAGUCACUGAAUUCAUUCUCUCAGGACUGACAGAUCGUCUGGAGCUGCAGGUCCCUCUGUUUGUGUUGUUCCUACUGAUUUAUGUUGUCACCAUGGUGUGGAACGGGGUGAUGAUCUUAUUAAUUAAGAUUGACCCCCGACUCCACACCCCCAUGUACUUUUUCCUUGGGAAUCUGUCUUUCUGUGAUCUCUGCUAUUCCUCAGUGAUUGCUCCUAAAAUGCUGCAGAAUUUCUUAACCAAGAGGAAAAGCAUUUCUCAUGCUGCCUGUGCUGUGCAAAUGUGUUUAUGUUUCUUUUUUCAAGACAUUGAGUGUCUCUUGCUGGCUGUGAUGGCAUAUGACCGUUAUGUGGCCAUCUGUAACCCAUUGCUCUAUAGGAUCACCAUGUCCAGGUGGCUUUGUAACCUGCUGGUGGCUGGAGUGUAUGGGGUGGCAUUGACAGAUGCAGUGACAAACACAUACUAUACAUUUCAGCUGUCAUUCUGCAAGUCUGCGAUCAUCAAUCAUUUCUUCUGUGACAUGCCUCCAAUGUUGGCGCUCUCAUGCUCUGAUACCCGCAUAAAUGAGAUUGUGAUGUUUGCCUUUGCAUGCUUCAUUAUAGUGAGCAGUGUUGUGACCAUUCUCCUGUCCUACGUCUAUAUCAUCUCCACCAUCCUGAGGAUCCAGUCUGCCGAGGGCCGGAGCAAAGCCUUCUCCACCUGCACUUGUCACUUGACUGCAGUGGCCAUGUUUCAUGGCACUCUCCUCUUUAUGUAUUUCCGACCCAGCUCCAGCUAUUCAAUGGACACCGACAAAAUAGCGUCAUUGUUCUACACGUUGGUGAUCCCCAUGUUGAACCCCCUCAUCUACAGCCUGAGGAACACAGAGGUGAAGGGUGCCUUGAGGAAAGGCAUGAAUAAAUUCCAAAGGAUUUCUUGA